CCAUUUUCUUCAGAAUUGUAAUCAUUCCCAUUAAUCAUCUGUCUGUCUUCAUGGCUUCUCUGCUUUAUCUUCUGCUCAUUCUUCUGAUCUCUUCAAGCACCACUGCUCAAAAUCCACCUUCUCCUGGCUACUCCCCAAGUUCCAGAAUUGGCACCAUAGAAUUUGAUCAAGGUUUCAGAAACCUUUGGGGUCCUCAGCAUCAAAGGCUAGACCAAGGCACAUUAACAAUCUGGCUUGAUACUUCCUCAGGAAGUGGGUAUAAGUCACUUCAGCCAUAUCAGUCCGGAUAUUUUGGUGCAGCCAUCAAACUUCAACCUGGUUACACUGCAGGAGUCAUUACAUCAUUCUAUCUUUCUAACAAUGAAGAACAUCCUGGAAACCAUGAUGAGAUUGAUAUUGAGUUCCUAGGGACAACUCCAGAUAAGCCUUAUAAUUUGCAGACAAAUGUGUAUAUCAGAGGAAGUGGGGAUGGCAAAAUCAUUGGAAGAGAAAUGAAAUUUCAUCUUUGGUUUGAUCCUACACAAGAUUUUCACAACUAUGGCAUUCUGUGGACCCCUAAUGAAAUCAUAUUUUUUGUAGAUGACGUUCCAAUUAGAUGGUAUCCAAGAAAAAGUGAUGAUACAUUUCCAAUGAGGCCAAUGUGGGUGUAUGGCUCAAUAUGGGAUGCAUCAUCAUGGGCCACCGAGGAUGGAAAAUACAAAGCAGAUUAUAGGUACCAACCCUUCAUUGGUAGGUACCAGAAUUUCAAGAUUGGUGGUUGCACAGCCAAUGGUCCAGCCACUUGCCGGCCACCCUCAGCCUCCCCAUCUGGUGGUCUUAGCCAGCAGCAAUACUCCGCCAUGGAAUGGGUCCAGAGGAACUACUUGGCUUAUGACUAUUGUAGGGAUCCAAAGAGAGAUCAUACCCAAACACCUGAAUGUUAACAAGAUCAUCAUCAAUCAUAUCUGCAAUUCUUGGGUUCUGUUUGAAACUUUCAGUUAUAAAAGCAUUUGUAACUUGGAGGGGGUGUUGAGAUGGGUCCCACUUGCUAAGAAUUCCUCUAAACAAGUAAGGAAGCAAUGUGGUAUGGAGAUUAUUCAGACAAGGAGUGAAUAUGGGAAUGGGUAUUGGAUAACAAGAUUGAAAUUGUCUUGUACUAAAUUGAAAGAUUGAGAAAUGGAAAAAGAUUGGUCAUAAAUGUUGUCCUCAAUUUCCUCCUUUUUGCCCUAAUAGAUACAUCAUAGAGUCAAGUUUCACCUUACAAAAUGGAAAUGUACAUGUGAAGUUUUAUUGUCUGAAGUGGAUUUCUGCUAUCUCACAUGUGAA